AUGUCUCCUGAUCUGCCCGCUCAGUUCAUCACAUCACCCUAUGCAGACAGCUUUGUGAAGGUUCUGUUAAAAGGAAAGUCGAUCACGUGGAUUCAUAGAGGAGUCGUCCCAGACAAUGUUCUAUCCAACAAGAGUACGCAUGAACUUGGAUCCAAGUCAGCUUCGCCGAUCUUGGAUAUGCAGAACAUUGGGAAUGACAUAGCCCAUGUGAUCUUGCACUACUUUUACACCAAACAGUAUGACUGCAUCAAACCCUCGGGCACAUCUGGCGACGUAGCGAAGGGAUACGAGCUCCGGGUAUCGCUGCAGGUCAUUGAAGCUGCUAGAAAGACGCAACUGUUUACUUUGGUGGACCUGGCCAAGAAAGAGUGCGCGCGCCUAUGUCAUGAAAUGGAUCUCUUGAAUCUCGUUGCCAUCUUGGGAAAGAUGAACAUCGACUUCGAUAACUUCCCCGAACUUACGAAACAUAUCGCAUUUCACCUUGAAAAAGUGCUCGCAAACCCUCACAGCCAAUUUGCUCUCGACCUCCUGAUCCGGGCUACUUCAAACAGCAUCACAGACAUGCUUAUUCGCAAGUUGGUCAUGGUAGCCCAAGAUGAGCCAACAAGUGAACCCAAAGCGAAGCCCAGACCCGAGAAUGAAGCCCGAAACCUGCCUGUCUGUCCUUCGAUAGACUGUACCUCUACGGUGGAGUGUGGCAUUGCAAAACCUGAAUGCUCGCCCUUUACAUACGAGCUUCGAACUCAAGAUCUUCAGAAACUUCGCAAGAACCCGCAGCCUGACGACAAAGGUAAAGGACGAGAUGUCUCCAGAUCGGCAGAGAAUCCUUCAAAGGUCCCCGGAAUAAGAGUCUCUCACCACGAGCCGCGUGGUGCAAAGGGACAAAAGGAAGCUCAAUCUGGGCCUUCAAGGGUGAGAGGCUGGCCUUGUCCAUUUUCGCCUCCCUGCGGCGGGUGUGCUGACGCUGAAAGGAAGGCAAACCCUCCUACCCCUAAACUUGAGAGUACCAUCGCAAGUAUGAAGGACUUUGUUGCGGCUGAGAAAUCAUCGGCUGCUGACUGGCAGGUACCAAAAUCCGAGGCCGGGAAAUCCGAAACUUCAGAGAGCGACCGAGAGUCUACUAUCGCCGUUGUUUCCGAUGAUGAGGGAGUGCUUGUCGAGUCAAGUCCUGAACCUAAUAUGACACCAAGCCCAGCGGGAUCGGGCAACACAAACAGCAUGGAUCACUUCUUGGUGUACGACCAAUGGUAA